AUGAUCCCCGAACACAAGAAAUGUGUUAUUGGUGCAAUUAACGCCAUUACACCAUCCUCGAAAGGAAAAGAUAAACCAUGCAUUCUCGUUGCAACUCGGAGAGGCCUAUAUUUCUUCCGUCAUGGAAUAUUAGGCUUUGGUGCAACACUUCGAGAAUGUUAUUUCAUUCUAAAUAUCGAAUCAAUUGAAUACAUUGAUGAAACAACGCGCGAAUUCAGAAUUCACAAGAAAAGACCGAUUAAAUUUGCAAGUGAAGACAUUGACGUACUUGUUGAAGCUCUUUUAAUGGCUGCUGCAGAUUUUUGUUUUGGAUCAUCAUUACCGCAUCAAAUUUCAUUGCUAGAAUAUCCACAAGGAGAGAAACCAGAGUGUCCAAAGGUAACUCGACACGACAAACUUACAAUGUCACGAUACAAAAACGUAUGCAUUAUAAAUGAUGACAAGAAAGAUAUCUCACACUUAUGUGCUCUUGAAAUUUACGAAAAUUCUAACAAAACUACAUUCUAUAUUGACAAUAUUGCUGCUCAACCAGUCAAUACAGAACAAUUAUCUUAUUCCAUUGCUCAUGAAGGCACAGUUCACACAGUUGUAUGUCAAAGCUUUGCUCCACAGAAUGUUUGUUUGAUGCUUAAGCAGAUUAUGAAGAUUUCUCGUUCAGUUCGUUCACUUGAACUUAUUGAUUAUGAUGAUUUGUUUUUUGAAGUCGGCAGAUUCGGUAAAAUCAAGAAUGCCGUUGUCAAUUCUUUAUCAAUCAUCAGAUGCUUCAAGAAUCCUGUUCGAUUGAUCCAAUUUUUGAUGGAAUUCAGGUUCUACAGAAAUUCUUUUCAAAAAUUAGUAAUUGAUUCAUGUCGUCUCAAUCUUAAAUGUGCAAAAGAGCUUUCCAAGAUCCUCCAGACAUUCCACUGCUUCCGUGCCCUUGAAAUUCUUGUUCUCAAGAACAUAGAAACAGAUCCAAAAGAGAAAAACGCUGCAUACAUUUCAAUUUUCAAUGCAUCACAAAAUCUGACAUUUCUUUCACAGUUUUCCAUUGAGUUUUGGUCUCCUAAAAUCCAGAUAACACCUGAGAUUUCGAAUCUUUCUCUUAAAUACAUCACGCAGCUAUCUCUUUCUAACUGUGUAAUGACUGAUAUCCCUGAUCCUGUUUUUUGCAGCACAAUCAAACGUUUCUCUUUCAAUGGAACAUCGUUUAGUUACAGAACACUUCAACUUGUCAUGGAUGCAUUAAACAAGCAUCCUAUUCCUUUCGUUCUUGACUUAACUGAUGCAGACAUAACUAUCAAAGAUUGGCAGAUAUAUUUCGAAAAGAAUGGUGGACAUUUCACUGAUAAAUGCUAUGAAUUAAAUUGGUCAGGAAAUCCAAUUAUUCCUCAAAACAUUUCUUAUUUGACCAAUUAUUUCAUUCGUUCUCCAAACCUGAAAUAUCUUGAUAUUUCUCGCUGUUUCACAACAAAAUCUCUUAAAGUGUUGGAUGAAUUCUUCCAAAGUAUUAAUGGAAUCCCACUUUGGGGUCUUGGUUUCGAUGCAGACACAAAAACAUCUUUAGGAUCAGAAAUUAUACAAAGAAUCAUGAAAAUUCCAACUUUAGUUGUUUUGUCUGUUAAUGGACAGAAUCUCAAAGCAAAAGAUAUCAAAGAUCUCAUGAGAUUACCACAACUUGGAGAGCUAUCUUGCGAUGGAACUACAAUAGAUACUCAUAAAGAUCUUUUCGAACUUUAUGACAACGUUCUUCUAAAACGUGACACAAUUUUUGCACUUCUUCCUCCAAUUAAUGAUGUUUAUAAAAUAAGGGAAACAGAUGACCGAGAAAUUGUUCAGUUCAGAAACAGAUGCGCUGAAAAACUUCUUCCUGGUGAUGACAUUGUUCGCUCUGAGUAUUACAAUGAUCAUGGAAAUGACAUGCGUUUGUACAAACGAUAUCUUGGAACAUUCCCUGUUUCUAGACGUAAAGGUACUGUUCGUGAUAAAUACGCUUUCUUUGAUUACGUACAAAGACAGUGCUAUGAAUCAUCAUUACACCAAACUGUUGUUGAGAAAGUCAAGAACUCUUUUAAUGAUGAACAAUGCGUUCAUUUCAAUUCUGUUUAUGUUGUUCCAAAUGAAAAAGCAGAAACACCUUUUGAAGAACCAGAUUGGCUUCAAUUCAUCAUCAAAGAGAACAAGAUUCGAAAGAAAAACAACUUUGUUCCAAUUCCUGCUCCACCUCUUGAAGGAGAAGAAGAAAUCAACACACAACCUCUCACAACUGAUUUGGACACAACAACAAACGACAACGAAGAAGAAAAAGAAAAAGAAAACAACCAAGAAAAUCAAGAACAAAAACCAGAACAAAAAGAAGUUGUACCAGAAAAAGUUGAAGAGAAAGUUGAAGAGAAAGUUCCAGAAAAUGUCCAAGAGAAAGCUCAAGAAGAACAAGUUAAUAAUAAUGUUGAACAAAUUAUAUUCCCUAAUUCGAAUGAAAAUGAUAAAGAAAAAGAUAAAGUUAGUGUUAAAUCAGAAAAUUCAUCAGUUAAGAUAAUUCCUCCUAAAGAUAGUGUUUCUCUUGGUGGAGAUCCAACGAAUGCAUUAGCAGUUUCACAGAGAUCAUCAACAGUUGGUGACAACUCAAGUCGAAUUGACAUUAACAUCAGCAGUGAUUCCGAAUCAUAUCCAUAUUAUUCAACAAGUGAAUCAAAGUCACACAAAUCGAAUAAAUCACUUCCUAAGUCACCAAUUGACAAACUUGCAGAACAAGAUCAUUUAUCUACUAAUAGCAGACCACAGAUCAUUCAAACUAAUGAACAAGAAGCAGAUAAUAAAUCAGUUUCACAGACUAAAGUUGUUUUACCUCCGAAAGACGACAAAACAUAUUCAUAUCCACUUGAAGAAGAGGAGGAGGAAGAGGAAGAAGAAAUCGGAUCAGACGAAAGUUCUAUUAUCAGAGCAGAAAUCAAAUAUUCACAGAAGAUGUCACGAAAACUUUUGUCUACACCUCCAAAGUCACCAUUCUACAUGCGAACACCUCGUCCAGAGCCAUUACAAGAAGGCGAAUUCAACUCAGAUGAUGAACGAGAACUUGCAGCAUCAGUUGCAGCAAGUGAAAUGGAGCGAGAUGAUGACCUUGUUGAGAUUGACACUCCUAUUGUUAGUGGCUUAAUUGUUCGACCAAUUCCAGUUCGUCCUGGUCCACAUGAUUUCGGCUCAGUUAAAUCACGAGGUCUUGAUGAAGGAAAUCAUGACAACAAAGAUCAAGAGAAAGAACUUUUGGCAUUACCAAGUAUUGGUGGUAUUUAUGGUCGUAUCCUUCAACAACAGAAACAAGUCACAAUAACAGCGGAUGAUAAUGUUUCAAGUGAUUCAGAUGAAUCUAAAUUUGAGAAAUCUCGUGGCCGAUUUUCAUCUCCUAAGUUUACUAAAAAAGUCAAAGAAGAAGACAACGAAAGCAAGAAUGAGAAAACACUUGGAGAAGUUGAUGCUCAACUUCCAUUACCAAGAUCAGGUAUCCAAGGCAACCAAAGAUUCAAACUCUUCCCAUUUGAAAAGACGCGAAACAAGAAACAGAAAGUUAUGCCAUCAGGCUUAGUUAUUAUUCCAGACGAAAUCCUCACAGGAAGUAGUGAUACAAGCGAUUCAGAUAUUGUUCCUAUUUUCAAAGAACAAAAGUCACCCGAUGGCAAAUCACCACGUAAUCUUCGCCAACGAAAACGAUCUACAGCAGCAGCAUCUCCAUCAAACAAAGAUGAAAAAGAAGAUAACGAAGUUAAAUCAAGAGAUGUUAAUAAACCAGAACAAGUUGAUGAUGAUAAUGAUAAGAAACCAGAAGAAGAAAAGCAAACUCCUAAAGAAGAAUCAAAAGAAAAGACGAAAACAAACACAAUUGAUGACAAAGAACUUUCUAAAACAAGAACUAAAACUAGAACGAAUACUUAUGAUGAUGACAAUGAUCAAACAAAGACGAAAACAAGAACAAAUACAUAUGAAUAUAAUGAUCGAACCAAAUCAAAAACAAAGACUAGAACUCGAACACAUACAAAUACAUAUGAUGAUUCUUAUGAUUCAUAUUCAGAUUAUGAAGACACCAAUGAACGAAAGAUGAAAUACAAAGGAAGAAGAAAUCACAGGAAACCAAACAAUCGAAGAAGAAAUCAUCGUCAUCAUCGAACAUAUGAUUAUUCUGAUUAUGAUUCAUAUCCAUAUUCAGAUUACGAUUCAUACACAGACUAUUCUGAUGAAUAUGAUGAUUACAGUUACUCUGAAGAACGUGAUCGACGAAACAGACGAAACAAGCGUCCAAACAAGAAUAGAUACAACAGAAGACACAAUCAUCAUAGAAAUCGCAGACAUCAUACAUAUCAAUCACGAGAUUACACAAUUUCUAAAGACAAUAAAUCAUCAUCAGACAAUGAAUCACUUGAAUCUCUUCGCAAUGUCAGUGAAGUUAGUCUUCACAACACAUACACGAAGACAAACACAAAGGCAUACACAAAUACUAAUAACGAUGGCUCAAACAACAAUGAUAGUCGCGACAUGAUCAUUGUCAAUGCAAGUUCCGAUGCAGAGUUUGUUACAGUUUCUACCAUUGAAUCCGGUGACGAAGUUUUCCAAUUUGUCUCAGUUUCUACAACUACAACCACAGACAAUGAAGGUGAUGCAGUUCAAUGGAUCAAAGCACCAACACUUGAUGAAGAAGAUCUUCAUGAACUUGUCACAACAACAGAAACAAACGAAAACAAAGAAGAAAAUAAUGAAAACAAGGAUGAAGCAAAAACUAAAACAAACGAAAAUACAAAAGAAACUAAAACAAACUCAGAGUCAUCAGAAGAAGAAGAAAUUGAAGAAGAAGAGGAGGAAGACUUUGAAGAAGAAGAUAGCGAAGAAGAAGAACAAACUCGAACAGAAACUGCAACUAAAGAAAACGAAGAAAAUAAAGAAGAAAAUGAUUCUAAAGAAAAAGAACCAGAGCAUGAAAAAGAACAAGCAAACUCAAGUGAUUAUUCUAUUUCCAAUUCAAAGACAACAACUACAAACGAACAAGAAAAUGACUCUGAUAAAUCAGAAGAAUCCAACACAAAAACUAAUGAAGAUGAUGAAAAAGAAGAGAAUCAAAAUGAUGAAAAUAAAGAAGAAGAAAAAUCAGAUUCAUCAUCAUCUAAAUCAGAAGAAGAAAAAGAAAAAGAAAGAAAAGAAGAAAACAAAGAUAAAGAAAAGAAAGAAUUAUUAUCAGAUAAAUCAUCAAACUCAUAUCCUGAAGAAGAAGAGGAAGAAGAUUUUGAAGAAGAGGAUGAUGAAGAAGAAAAAUCUGAAACCACUUCAUCACAUGAUGAAUCAAAUAAACCAGAAGAUGAAAACAAACAAAAUGAACAAGAACAAGAAGAAAAUAAAGAAGAAAAAUCCGAAACUUCUUCAUCUCAAGAGUCAAUUAAAUCUGAAGAAGGAAAACAACAAAAAGAAAAAGAAGAAUCAGAAACAUCAUCUUCAUCUCAAGAAUCAAUUAAAUCUGAAAAAGUCAAUAAAGAAUCAUCAGAUGAAAACAAAGAAAACUUCAAAGAAAGAGAAAUAUCUAGAGAUCAAGAAAAAGAUAAACCAAAAGAUACUUCAUCAUUGAGUGAAUACUUCUUCGAAAAUAAUGGAAAGAAGAACAUUUCAAUUCUUUCAUCAGUUUAUCAACGAACACAGAAAUAUGAUGAACACAGUUCUCCUCUAUUCACAACAGAACGUCCUCCUUCACACUCUGUUUCUAUUAUCGAAGUUUCACCAUCAUUUGUUACCACAAAACAUGAUUUUGUUUCAUCUCCAGUUGUAGGAUUUCACAACAACAUUUCCAUUCUUGACAACAAUGAAGACACAAAGAAGAAACAUCGAACACGCAAAACUAAGAAGUGA